AUGGCCAACGCCAUCAACUUCGCAAACCCACCAGGGGCACGUUGGAUAGAACGGCGGCUUCCCACGGUCACGAAGAUCCUAGGAUGCAAGCCCGACAACGGCGACGUCCAGCUGGCUUACAGAAUUCUAGGUCUUCACUCAACAACAGCCCGCCCGACCGGCUACCGCCCGAAGCCGAAAUUGUUCACACACUGGUGCAAUAAGGUUCUCAGCCGCAUAUGGCGUGACGAACAGAAUGUAACUGAGAUAGACAUCAUCCCGGGCGACGUCCCUCAGAAACGCGUCAUCGAGGCAAACAAGCGCGUCCUUUCGGCCAUACACACGAUAGCUGGUAUCCGACGCCCAGGUCACCCGUACAUCACCUCGGCUACUUGGUCACAAAGUGUUGAAGUUCCCCUGAGCGUGAACCAGUUUAACGCCCAUUACGCGCGUGCAGACGUGGCACAGCUGGCGCGUGACCGGCCUAGGAAGGGGAAGACGUGGCUGCCCACAGCUUUCAUGGUCUUGGAUGCGAAGGAACGUGAGGACGAGGAUAUCUUUGACGACUUGGCUUGCUACGGCUUCGAGGCCAAGCCGCAUUUCAUGCAUCCUCAGGACAAGCCUGUUGGCUCGAAGGAUAAUCUGGAGUACAAGUUUUGGGCAGGACCCACGCCGAAAAACGAGAAUAGCUUGUGGUAUGCGCUGGCCCAACUUCUCGCCGACUCGGCCAGAUGCGCCGACCCAGACGACGAAGAGAUUUGGGGCAAGAUGAGCAUGUUCCGCGCCCUCUGUAGCAACAGGCCAGAUGCCGGAAUGCCCAAAGAGGCCGGCUACCACGAGAUGUUGCACAUGUUGGCGGACUUCUUCCACACUGAGAUCAUCACGUUUACCCGGCCGAACCGCACAAAGUUCAAGCUGAGAGAUGACGAUGUUAAGGACAUUGAUACACAAACCCUUGACGCGGAGUUUGUAUAUGAGAUGAGGGUGUAUGGCGAAACACCUCAGGGGGCCGAUCCCACCUUCGGGUUUCGAAAAAGGAAACAGAUUCUUCUGGUCACGGAUUCGUGCUUGAGAUACUUUCAGCCGGUGAUGCGUGUUGUACCAACGACGUACAAGGAGGACGAAAUUGACGAGAGUGCUCUCCCGGUACACCUCGACACCACGGCGUUUGACAAAUGGGAACGCCACUCGCCCAUGCCCUGGUGGCCCGGAUUCCAGCGUAACGAAGACAACACGGGCUGGACGGGCGACUGGGACGACCCGCAGCUCCGGCCGGGGCUCCGCCUCUACCCAGCAUCUUCGGUGUUUGAUCCCCCGGUAAUCUCGCACACGUUGUCGCCCUGGAGCUCUGCCAUUGCUCUACAACUACUUGAAAGCCCAUACGAAGUGAUGGAGAACCUGAGCGGAGGACUAUGGCUCCCAUGGAAACCUUGGUUCGAGGGCGACGAGGACUGCGACUUGUGGAACAUGAUUCAGCCGGAGAGACUAAGGCUUUCGUGGAGACAUCCAGAGGCUCCACAACAAAGGCCUGAUCGACGUAUAGCGCUAAGCGACAAUCGAGCACGCAUUGGGCCGAAGACCCCGAAGUACACGUCGAAGAGACGGCUCGAGUUGGUAGAUGGCGUGAAGGAGGCAUUUUUGGAUAAGCCGAACAUGGGUGAGUCUGAGAUUGGUUGGAUGAAGGUUGUCACUACAGAGGGCGAGAAUCGGGAGCCGUACUGGCACAGGGUCAAGCGAAGGAGGACGUGA